UCAAAUAAUUCAAAUGCACUCAAUCUUUUCUUCUAUUUUUCUCACCAUUUUCUUUCUUACUUUCCUCACCUAACCUUGCCACUCUUUUUCAUAUACAUCAAAAUUUAUAUUUUCACGCAUUCUUCCAACAACAUCUAGAACAAGCGACAAAGCACAAAACUUUAACUUGUUCUUGUCGGUUUCAAACAUACCCAGAUGGAUUUUUCUUCCUAGAAUUUUAUAUUUGAGGAAUUUCAUUUCAGGUUUGGAAUUGAGUGGAAGGAAUUGGUACUUGAGUUAUGGAUCAGGGAACAAGUAAAGGUAGUGGUGAAAUGUUGGAUCAUGUUGAUAAAGGGGUUGAUAAGAAUUUGAUUAAUUUGGUUGAAGGCGUUGCAACUGAUGCAGGAGCUGGACAUAGUUUGGGUGUCAGGGUUAGUGUAUGCGGUGAAGAUCGGAAUUCAGAAGAGACGUGCAAUGAUCUUGUAUUGAAUGAGGAGUUAGAGGAGAAAGCUUUAGAAGUUAGGAGUCAGAACAUUGGUGGUGAUCCUGAAAAAAUUGACAAUGAAUUGCAUAGUGUUGAUCAAGGGACUAGUUAUAAUUCGCUUAAUCGGGAAACACUAGAGACCUGUGUUGUAAUAGAUUCUUCUGCUCAAGUUGAACGUGUCACUGUCAAUGGAGAUAAUAGAAAAUUGGAAGCUAAAACUAAUGAAUCAGGGCUGCGCAAGUUAUCGAUAAAAGCACCAAAAGGGGUGUCUGAGACCGAUAAAAAUUCAUGUGUGAUUGAUAUGAACUGUGGCACAUGUGAAGGUUUUGGUGAAAAUUUGGAUGACGAAAUGAUUUGUAGGAUUUGCCAUCUGGCCUCUGGGCAACCGUUAGAAGCAACUGCUGUUGGCACUCCAAAUAUUGCUGAUAAAAGUACAGGUUUGAUUAUGCUUGGUUGUGCAUGUAAAGAUGAGCUAGGAAUCGCACACAGCCAUUGCGCUGAGGCAUGGUUCAAGAUUAAAGGAAACAGGUUGUGCGAAAUAUGUGGCGAGACUGCCAAAAACGUGUCUGAUGUUACUGCUAAUGCAUUCAUGGAAGAAUGGUGUGAAAGUGGAUUCAUCAACAAUGAUAGUACAUCACCCCGUAGGUUGGUUGGAUGCUGGCGCGGGCAGCCAUUCUGUAACUUCUUGAUGGUGUGUCUGGUAAUAGCUUUUGUUCUGCCAUGGUUCUUUCGUGUGAAGAUGUUCUAGCUAUGGAUUCAAAAACUAUCCUGCCUUGUCUAUAUGAUGAAUACAUUAUUGGUUCAUGGUACAUACUUUUAUUUAAAGAGGUGGCAUUGCUUAAUUAACCAUGUGCAAGAAAAUUAACAGGCUUGGCAAGUUACGGCCAUAUUGUUUCCUUAUUGAAAAAUUCUUUGGAUUGGAGUGCUUAAUGUGUUCUGAGUAUAGAUUGAUACAAUAGGAUUACCUUUUCUCUUAGGGAUAAGAGAAAAAUAAGAUAUUUUGCUUGUGACACAGGUGUUGUAUAGAAACGAUGCAUAAUUUGGUGUAAAACAAGCAAACAGAGAGAAUCUUCAAGUUCUUUCUUUUCUCUUUUCAAUUUUUUUUUGGUUGACUUGUCAGCUAAAGUUCAAGGAGAAUCCAAUGUCAUAUGGUUGUCAUCAA